CGUAACUGUCAUUUGAAAUUGACAUUUUAAUUCACGUGUUUACCGUGGUUGUGAUGUGCGUUAAUAUUGUUGAAAUUGUAGAUAAAUAUUAGAAAUUACAAUGUUAUUGAUAGAAGAUAAAGAAAUCGACAUAUUUGUCGCUAGUAAAAUAGGUUCUUUGAAACAUAUAAAAUACCAUACGGACACAACAAAGAACAAUAAGAAAUACAUAGAGAACCUCGUAGAUAUAAAGACUCUGCAGAAAGAUGAAGGGAUCACUCGGAUGGAGUGGAGCAACGCUGAGCAGACUGAGAUGCUGAUUGGACGGAAGAACCAACAGAUACAAAUCUACAACACACUCCAAGGUUUCACGAAGUCCUACACAGCGGACUUCGCGCCCGGCGAGGUGGUGGGCCUGGGUCGUUGUAAGAGGAAGCUGCUGGCCGCCGUCUCCAGUGGAGUCGUGAAGAUAUGGAGUAAGAAGGCAGAGGAAGUCAUCAAUGUCGGCAAGAUUGACCGGAUGAGGGUCUGUGCUGACGAUGAUACUGUUUUUGCUACUGGUGGAGAAGAAAACGACCUAAAGAUAUGGCGUAUAGGCGAGCCCGCGCCUACAUUCGUAGCCAAGAACCUCCCGCACGACUGGCUGCAGCUGAGGAGGCCCGUGUGGGUCACUGACCUCGUGUUCCUCCCGCAGGAGGGAGGGAGGCUCGUUGGAGUGUGCUCUAGACAUGGAUAUGUUAGGUUAUACGACAGUCGAGCACAGAGGCGGCCCGUGAUAGCGGUGGACUUUGAGAAGAUGGCUGCCACCUGCAUCGCCAACAGUUUUGAUGAACGACAAGUUUUAGUAGGAUUUGGCAGAGGCCAACUCCAUCAAGUGGACCUGCGCAAAGGCAAACCGGACAAAGGGUACAAAGGCUGCGUAGGCGCAGUGACCGAUAUAUCCAUAGUGAAGGAACCCCGGCUUAUAGUCAGUUCGAGUCUCGACCGACAACUGCGAGUACAUGAUUAUGCCAGCAAGGAGUUGGUUUAUAAGCAAUACCUAACAUCGAAGUUAUCGUGCGUGCUCAUACAGUCAGAGAGCUCGACUCCUCUCAGCAGAGUUGAGGAAGUCAAGGAGGAGAAACCAGAGCUAGGAGUAGAGGAGAUAGAGGCAGAUGAUCUAGACACCCUGUUUGAUAACAUGGAAACUGUCAGUGAAAAACCGAAAAAGAUGAAGCUAAAACCGGAACCCGAGGAGUUGCCAGCUAAGAAAAUCAGACCUUCAUCAGAGGGCGCCACUGACGCUGAUUUAGACAACACAGAUGAUGCGAUCAAGAAGCUUCUGCGAAGCACAGAGAAGCAGAAGCGGAAACGAGAACAGAAGAAAAAAGAGAAGAAAGCUAAAAGUGUAUUCCAUAACGCUUGAAAUAAAAUAUGUUAAAAAAA